GGCGCGGGUGCCAGGCGCGGGCGCGGCGGCCGGGGGGCUCCGGGGGCAGGAGGCGGCCGCCGGGGCAGGGCCUGAGGGCCGCGGGAGGGACAGCCGGGGACGCCACGCCGAGUAGAUUUCUGUGUGCGUGGCCGGCCCGGCGCUCAGGGGAGGGUUCGAGGAGGGUGUUCCUGUUUGGAUAGGAGGGGUCCUAUUUCCCAGACUGGGGGCAGGGGCGUGGAGACAGGUGUGUGGGGAAUGGGGGGGGUCUCUUUUGAAGUCGGGACACCCCUCCCCCGCACCGGGAAAGCCUGGCGGCCGUUGGCGGUGACAGUCCUGCCAGGGCUUCUGGGCACGUGGGGCUGCUGCGGAGACCGGAGAGGUGGCUUAGACGCGGGGACCACCUUGGACUCCAACGCCCAGAAGCCCGGCCCGGCGGCCCCGCUGCGCUUGACGGUGGCCGCAGGGAGCCGGGCCGGAUUCGCGGCGCACGACCCAGUGAAUCGCUAGCCGGCCUGGGCCCCGCGCCUCUCCCGCCGGCCGGGCGCACAGCGUCCUGCAGGCACCGGGCCGCGGCCGCGCCACGCCUGGGGGAGCCCGGGGAGGGCGCGCGGGGAGCGAGGCGCCGCUGGGGCCUGGCUCGGCCUGGGGCUCCUCGCCUGGGGCCCUGCACCUCGUGCCCUGGGGGCGCAGCUCCGGGCGGUGGGGGCCGGAACGUGGCCUCCCCAUCCCGCCCUCCCCUCGCCAAGCUGCCCCGCGGAGAGCCGUGGAGGCUUCAUCUGAUCCCCAGAAUAAGGGAGCGGGGCUGCGGCGGGGCCCGGGACGCGGGCGGUGUGCGUGCGCGUGUCGGCCGUGUGCGCCUGCGCGGCCGGCCUCCCGCCCGGCUCGGAACUGACCCUGGUUUACUGACUGAUUUUCAUGUAAAACGCGUUCAGUCCUCGAGAUGACCUCACUCAAACUCUGCCCUUCCGACUUUAUCAUUAUUAUUAUUAUUAUUAUUAUUAUUAUUAUUAUUAUUAUUACAGAAAACUGCUGGCGGGCCCAGAAACCUUGCCAGCGCCGACCUGUUAGCAGGGCCCCCCUAGCCGCCGCCCCCCCCUCAUUUGUUGUCUGUUUAACUCCACGACCGUGCGGCCGGUUUUCGUGCCCUCCGACACACCCCACAGAGCGCGGACAGCAGCAGCAGCCGGAGCUCCCUGCCCGCUGGUCGGAAGCCCCCAGCCUGCUAGGAGGGUCCUCCACCGAGUCGUCUGUCCACCCUGCUUCUGGGGCUCCACGGCCCUGGCGGGGAUCAGCCCUACCCUCGGCGGAGGUCAGCCUGAGGUUGCCCCGCGGGCCCUGGGUCUGGCUCUUCCUGGUCCCGCCACCAAUUCCCCCCUUUGAACCCCGCACCCCAGCGCCACUGGACACUCCCCGGGAGCGAGCUCCUGCAAACACACACGCCAACUACAAACGGCUGCUUUCUCUUGCACCCUUCUCCGAAUGGGACCCGAGAAGUACAGGGGAGGCUCCCCCAACCCCGAGUUCCCCUCGGCCCUCGCCCGUGUCCUGCGCAUUCAGUGUUUCUCCGCCAGCACAGCCCCCGCAGCUUCCUCCCGGCUGGGGUGGGGGGGUACUCCCCAAAGGUUCUGAGGCCUCGGGCCUCUCUGGCUCCCCAUCCCCCACCCCUCACACCCCGCCCCCUCCCGCGCCCUCCCUCCGCCUCUUAAGUUUGCUCUUCAAACUUGCAGGACGCCAUUCUGCUCUGGGGCCCAGAAAACCAGAGCGGGGGAAGGGAACAGGUUAAGGACAACAAGAGACACAAUCAGACCACAGAAAAGCCCAAGAAAAGAGGGCUAUGGAGAAAAGGAAUGUGGCCGUCCAGAUAAAGAAUGUCUGUCGGCAGGCCUGGCCCACUCUGAAAAUCAUAACUCACCUGCUUGCCUUUCACUUGGGCCCCCUCCCGCCCCCUCCCUGCGGCUCCAGCUUCCCACCUCCCUCCCGCCCUUAGGCAGGAUCCAGGGCUCAGAUAGGCACAGGGCGAAGUGGGAGGGCCCAGAGAUAACCCAAGGCUUCUCACUCUGCAAGAAGCGACCACCACCGGGUCCUUUAUUUCUGCUAAGUCGCACCGGGGCCUCUGUCCGGCCUCCUGCUGAGGGAGCUGGGCUGGGCCCAAGGGUGGAGCCUUGCCCCGGUGUGGAGACAGGGGGCCGGGAGAGGGGCAGGAUGGGAGUGGAGGGCAUCUCUGGCCAGGAGUGAGCCACUGGGGGGGCGGCACCUGGCAGGCCCAGCAGGCCCAGUCUGAGACACACGCAGUUCACUUGUCUCAAAAGAUGUCAUCUCCUCCUCUGGCCCCGCGCUAGGCUCUCUGCCGGCUCCGAUCUGGAGACAGGCCCUGCGUGGGCCGUGAGAGCACUGGUGCCUCCAGCAGGCGCAGCCCUGCCCUCGCCCCUAGUGCACCUCCGCCAAAGGUGUAAGGACAAGCUGAAUGCCUUGGCCAUCUCGGUGAUGAACCAGUGGCCCGGCGUGAAGCUGCGGGUGACCGAGGGCUGGGACGAAGAUGGCCACCACUCGGAGGAGUCGCUGCACUAUGAGGGCCGCGCCGUGGACAUCACCACAUCGGACCGUGACCGCAGCAAGUACGGCAUGCUGGCGCGCCUGGCCGUGGAGGCCGGCUUCGACUGGGUGUACUACGAGUCCAAAGCCCACAUCCACUGUUCCGUGAAAGCAGAGAAUUCGGUGGCGGCCAAGUCCGGCGGCUGCUUCCCGGGCUCGGCCACGGUGCACCUGGAGCAGGGCGGCACCAAGCUGGUGCGGGAGCUGCGCCCCGGGGACCGCGUGCUGGCGGCCGACGACCAGGGCCGGCUGCUCUACAGCGACUUCCUCACCUUCCUGGACCGCGACGACGGCGCCAAGAAGGUCUUCUACGUGAUCGAGACGCGGGAGCCGCGCGAGCGCCUGCUGCUCACCGCCGCGCACCUGCUGUUCGUCGCGCCGCACAACGACUCGGCGGCCGCGGAGCCGGAGGCGCGGGCGGGCGCGGGGCCGCCGCCGGGGGCCGCGCCGGGGCGCCGGGCGCUCUUCGCCAGCCGCGUGCGCCCGGGCCAGCUGGUGUACGUGGUGGCCGAGGGCGGCGGGGGUCGCCGGCUCCUGCCGGCCGCGGUGCACAGCGUGACGCUGCGCGAGGAGGCCACGGGCGCGUACGCGCCGCUCACGGCGCAGGGCACCAUCCUCAUCAACCGGGUGCUGGCGUCGUGCUACGCGGUCAUCGAGGAGCACGGCUGGGCGCAUCGGGCCUUCGCGCCCUUCCGCCUGGCGCACGCGCUCCUGGCCGUGCUGGCGCCCGCGCGCACGGACCGCGGCGGGGACGGCCCCGGCGGCGACGGCCACAGCGGGGGCGGCGGCCACCUGCCCCUCCCCGCGCCGGGGGCGGCCGACGCGCCGGGCGCCGCGGGCAUCCACUGGUACUCGCAGCUUCUCUACCAAAUAGGCACCUGGUUGCUGGACAGCGAGGCCCUGCACCCGCUGGGCAUGGCGGUCCCGUCCAGCUGAAGGCCGGGGAGCCGGGGAGGGCGCGGGGGCGGGAGGGGGCGGGGGGCGGGGGGCGCGACAGCGAGGAACAGCAAAGGACACACGGAAAAGCGCACGGAAUGAGACUUUAAUUAUAAUAAUAAUUAAUAAUAAUAAUAAAGUAGGACAGUCCAAAGUAGACUAUAAGGAAACAGAGACCCCGGGAAGUCUUGUCGUCGUGCUUAGUUUAUAUAUAUUUUUUUGAAUUUUUUGGUUGUUUUAUUUUGGUUAUUUUUUUUUCACCUCUCCUGGCUAUUUAUUUGUUUGGUAUGAAUAGAUGUUUUAAAUAAUAUGAACCGGACCUUCAAGAGCCUUAAAUAGUUUGUUUCUCGGAUAAUUUAUUAUUAUCAUGUGAACUGUACUCACGGGGGAAAGAUUAUUUUGUGAGGCCAAGCGACCCGCUCAGAGUCUAUUUUUCUACACGUCCCUCGCCCUGACUUUCAGAAAGCAAAACUCUGCACUCUGCACUCCUCCUUCCCACGCCUGCUUUUCGGCAAGAGUAAACUGAAACAUGCUUCAUGGGGGUCCACAAAUUAUAUUUUUAUACACAGAAUUGUAAAUUAGAUUUUUUGAGAGAUCAAUACUUAACUGAAUGACAUUUCAUUUUUGAAAUAGUGUAAAAUAUGAAAAUAUAUUAUUUUAAUUUAACUAGUUUCCAGUGUAACAGCCACCUCCUGUAUGUCUUCAACGGUUAAUAUUUGCUCCAUCAUUUCCAUUUUGGCCAUGUUCUUGGAAGUCAAGACUGUUACACACACACACACACACACACACACACACGCGCACACACACACACACACACCGUGUUUCUUUUUUUCU